GCACGGCCGGGACCCCCUGAGAGCACAGCCGCCAUGGCCCUGCCGGAGUGGCACAUCGCCGUGAAGCUGGCCGAGCAGCCGCUGGCGCCCAAAUCCAUCCUGCGCCUGCCGGAGACCGAGCUGGGCGAGUGCCCGCUGGGCGGCUGCAGCAUCUCGCACCUCAAGCAGCUGAUCACGGGCAAGCUGCAGGAAUCCAUGCCGGACCCCGAGCUCAUCGACCUGAUCUACUGUGGCCGGAAGCUGAGGGAUGACCAGACCCUGGAUUUUUAUGGAAUCCAGUCUGGCUCCACUGUCCACGUCCUGCGCAAAUCCUGGCCUGAGCCUGACCAGAAACCAGAGCCCGUGGAUAAGGUGGCAGCAGUCCGGGAAUUCCGUGUCCUGCACACUGCCCUGCACAGCAGCCCUGCCUACAGAGAUGCUGUCUUCAAGAUGCUGGGAAACAAGGAAUCCCUGGAUCAGAUCAUUGUGGCUACUCCCGGCCUCAGCAGCGACCCCGUGGCUCUGGGAGUUCUGCAGGACAAGGAUCUGUUUUCCGUGUUUGCAGACCCCAACAUGCUGGACACGCUGAUCCCGGCUCACCCUGCCCUGGUGAACGCCAUCGUGCUGGUGCUGCACUCGGUGGCGGGCAGCACGCCCCUGCCAGCCCCGGACACGUCCUCGCGGGCCAUGGCCCUGGGCUCCUACCGGGACAUGCCAGGUGGCUUUCUCUUUGAGGGGCUCUCUGAUGAUGAAGAUGAUUUCCACCAGAGCACGAGGUCCACCCCUUCCAGCAGCACGGCGGGCUCGCGCCCGGCCUCGCUGGGCUACGCGGGGGCGGCGGGGCCCCGGCCCAUCACCCAGAGCGAGCUGGCCACCGCCCUGGCCCUGGCCAGCACCCCCGAGAGCAGCUCCCACACGCCCACCCCGGGCACGCAGGGCCACUCCUCCGGGACGUCCCCGAUGUCAUCCAGUGUCCAGUCGGGGACACCCAUCACCAACGACCUGUUCAGCCAGGCGCUCCAGCACGCCCUGCAGGCCUCAGGGCAGCCCAGCCUCCAGCAGAGCCAGUGGCAGCCCCAGCUGCAGCAGCUGCGGGACAUGGGAAUCCACGACGACGAGCUGAGCCUGCGGGCCCUGCAGGCCACAGGAGGGGACAUCCAGGCUGCCCUGGAGCUCAUCUUUGCUGGGGGAGCCCCCUAAAUCUGCUGCUGCACUGGGGCAGGGCGGAGGACGUGCACAGCUCCCUCCCUUCCCCACAGCCCCAAUCCUCCGGGAUAACCGCGGAUUAGCCGGAGCUGGGAAGCAUUUGCAGGCUCUCCUGGCCACCAGCACAUCCAGUUUGCCUUCCUGCACCACCUAAAUCCUGGAUUUAGGGCUCCUUGCCGUCCCCAAACGCUGCUUUUCGUGCCGCUCCUGAGAUAUUUGAUCCCUCUCUCGACCCGCGUUUGGCGUGAAGCCGUUUUCGCUGCUAUUUCUGCUUCCCAACGCCCCCGGCGAGCUGAGAACUGCCUGGAUUUUUCGGGCUGGAAGUGACUUUUCCCAGAUUUCCUUUCCCAAACGGCAGGGCUUGGCUGGGAGCAGCAGCUCCAGGCACAUGCACUGGCUGCAGCAGAGAAGUUGGCAGCGCCGGCGCUCACGACAUCGCUUCCCUCGCCCCGGCAGAGCCGUGCUGAGCACGGGGGGAGCUGCGGGGAGGGGGAGAGCCUCUGCUGCUUCUUGCACGGCUGGGCAGCGAUGGCAGCUCUGCUGCAGCAGCUCCUGCAGCACAGGGGGAGCUCGGAGGGGGCUGGGAGCGGUGCUGCAGCCGCCCCGGGGCUGCGCCUUCCUGCUCCCAGCCUCAGCUGGAAGCAGUGCUGGCACAUGGGGGGAUGCUCAGGGGCUUUGCAAGGGCAGGGAGCAGCAGAACAACAGGGAAAGUAGAGGGAUAGGUUGGGUGUCAGGGAGGAAUUGUUCCCUCUGAGGGCGGUCAGGCCCUGGCACAGGGUGUCCAGAGAAGCUGUGCUGCCCCUGGCAGUGUCCCGGGAAUGGUGAGAGGUGUCCCUGCCCGUGGCAGGGGUGGCUUUAGGGUCCUUGUCACUAAAUGUGAAGAGACAGAGCAAACUGUUCCUUGUGCUCCAUCCCUGGAGGUGCCCUGGCACCUCCCCCUCCCACAUUUGGAGCAGGAUGGGAUAGUAAAAGGGUUUAAAAUCGUGGGGAUUUAGGGUUAAAAAGAAAAUUAAGCUUAGUAGGCCCUGAAAAGAAAACAAAUACCCUGAGUACAGGAAGACCUUGUACCUUACUAGAACUGCACCUGUGUAGAUAGUACAUAAUAAAUGAUAUAAUUGUUAGAUGUGAUGAUUGUUUAGUAAUUAAAUAUAAUUACUGUUUAAUCGUAAGAAUAAUCAUGAGAAACUGUGGUCAGGGACCUAAGAAAGAUCAUGAGAAACUCAUGUCAAUGUAUCCAAUAGAACAAUAUAAGUGUAAUAAUUAAUAUGUAAGUUAUAUAAUGAUAGAAUGUAAAAUAUGUUCAGCUCGAAAGCCAUGUCAGAGUCAGAUUUGGGUCUGGACCCCUGAUUCCCAGAGCUCUCAAUAAAAGCACCUGCAUGGAAUCAUA